UUUAUAUUAUGUAUGUUCACCGAAAGCUGUACGUACACUUGUAGUGCCAACGCCUACACAUGCUCUUGUACAAACACAAUCCCAACCAACCCUGUCAUUUGUCAUUAAAAUUCUCCCCCCUUCAACUCACACGCACAUUUCUCUGUUUCAACUUGCAUUAUUUUCUAUUCCCUCCUUCAACCCUUUUGACAUUCUCUGCGCGGACAAUGCCACAGCCUUUUCUCACUUUACCCUCUUAAACUAAACUCCAUUGUCUUCUCUUCUCCCCCCCAUCAUCAUCAUCACCUCUCUUCUCAUUUUCACUAUAAUAAAUAACUUCUUCUUCCCAUUCUCUCUUCCCCUGUAGUAGCCAACAAACACCCCAAAAAUGCACGAGAGAUCGAUGAAAGAAGCUGCUGGCACGUGCCCACAAAGGAGAAGAACCCCUUCCUUCUCCUCUUCUCUUCUCGACGCCAUUUACCGUUCCAUCGACGAAUCAAAAUCCAACCUUCACGACGAUCAACAACUGGGUCUCCACCACCACGAUCAAACCACACACAGUUUCACCUCUGAAAAAGGUGGCAAAAAAGAAAGAAUGAAUCUUCGCCGAGCCGUGAUGUUGGAAGAUUGGAUGGAGAAGCACGGUUCCCAUUCCCUCAAUGCUCAGUUGCUAAACUCGAGUUCAAGCUCCUCAGAAUGCAGCUCUGCAGGGGGAAUAUUCUCCUCUUCAGAAACAGACACAACAACAACCCUAACGUUGAAGAAACAAAGACCAGCAAGGCUCACAUCGGAGAAGAAGAAGAAGAAGCAGGACCGUAUUAUGAGUUCAGAAAAGCAGAACAAAGAAAGUGGUUUUGCAAGGACCAAGUUGAGGGCGUUGAAAAUUUACGGCGAAUUGAACCAGAGAGUGAAGCAACCCAUUUCACCGGGGAGUAGAAUAGCUAGCUUCCUUAGCUCCAUCUUCAACUCACAGAACGUGAAGAAAGCCAAAAUGUGUUACGCUGGAGCCGUUGAAGAUGUAAGCUUCGAGCACAAAUCAAAGUCCCCUUGUUUCUCUUCCAUCCCCUCUUCCUUUUCUAGAAGGUCUUGCAUGAGCAAAACACCCUCUUCGGCUAAAAAAUCCAACAACAACGAAGUCAAAAGAUCCGUGAGGUUUUACCCCGUUAGCGUAAUCCUAGGUGAGGAUUCUGAACCACAAUCUAGUUAUCAUAAAUGUAACAUCAUUUACGAGAGUGAACCUAAUCUUGGUGUGAGAAGUUCUUCCAUAAAGGAGCUGAAGAAGAACACUGCUCGGGGAAAUGAAAAUGGAGCUGAAGAAGCAGCAGCGCGUGGUUUUGUAAAAGGUUAUCGAAAUUCUGGUCAGGGUGAAUUUGAUUUUAGAGGUUUUUAUGAUGAUGAUGAUGAAGAUGAUGAUGAUGAUGUGAGUUGUUCAAGUUCAGAUUUGUUUGAGCUGGAUCAUCUUAUUGGAGCUGCAAGGUACCAAGAAGAGCUUCCUGUCUAUGAAACUACCAAUUUGGAAACAAAUAAAGCCAUUGCUAGUGGUCUAUGUUUGUAGUUUAGUUCUUAAAAAAAAAAACAACCAUUAAUUGUAAUUAUUUCCAUAGUUUGUGGAACUCGUGAAUUUAAAAACAAUUCAUUGUUCUCUUUUUAUUUAUUGUAAGCUAGCUAGCAUUAAUUUCAUCUUUGCUUCCUAGUUGA